AUGAUUUUCUCCCACUUCGUAAGUGACGAUAGCAGCAGUGAAGAAGAAACAACGGUAGAUCUGGCAAAACAGCGUCCACUGCUUCGAAGUGUUUUCGACCCGUUACAGCUAUUUAACCAAGCGAACAAAUGGAUCUCUUUAGCGAUGGAACCAAAUGAGCAACAAGAUGCACGACGAUACUUCUUCUCAAAAAGUGGCAUCCCUGGUGUUGUGAUGUGUGUUGAUGGAACACACAUAAAAAUUAUUGCACCAGUGGACGAUUACAAUCAGCAUUGUAACCGGAAGGGCUAUUACAGCCUAAACGCGAUGAUUAUUUGCGACCAUCUCAUAAAAAUUCGUUAUGUGAAUGCCAAAUUCGGAGCAGUCAAUCACGAUUCACAUAUUUGGAAUGUAAGUGGAAUGGACAACUUUUCCGAAACAAAACAUCGACGCGGAGAAACUGCAUUCAAGAUACUAGGUGAUGCUGGAUACCCGUCAAAAUCGUGGUUAAUAACACCAAAACGUAAUCCUGCUCUCAACACACCAGAAGCUGCCUUUAAUAAAAACCAUGCUUUUGGUAGGAAAAUAGUGGAGCGUACGAGCGGGUUGCUCAAAAAUAGAUUUAGAUGUUUGUUAGGUGCUCGACAGUUGCACUACACCCCGGUAAAAGUAACUCAAAUAACGAACGUAUGUUGCAUCUUACACAACAUGUGUAUUGCGUAUGGAAUGGAAGAGCCAAACUCAGAUGAAUAAGAGGCAGCACAACUAAGUUAGCGAUUGAGUUCUAUUUUUUAUUUUUUAUUCAUCACAAAAGUUCACAUCAGCGCUGCUGUUGCGUUCUCUAUAGCGCCAGCUACCUUCGUUAGAGCAGCGGUGGAUUCUUUUUGCGCCUCUAUGUUGCGCUUCAUGAGCUGUAGCAGCUCUUCGUUUUGGCGCAACACCGCCUCGGUGUUUCUGCGCUUCCGGCUUCGUUUCUGUCGAGCUUUGGUUACCACCGGGUUUUGCUGCUCGUUAUUUGCCAUCUCAAUAUAUGGCUGCUCGUUGUCGAUGUUUGGCUCGUUAUUGUUAAUCGCCAACAAUUGGUUGUUGUUGUUGUUGUUGCUGUCCAUCGUGCAAAGCUGAUCGCCGAAAGAACGGCCAGAGUUGCCUUCUAUUGUGGCCUUUAAGUUGGUUAAGUCAGCAACUCGUUCCUCCUCGUCGUUUAAGGGCCGUUGAUGGAACAGCCCGCCACCAGUAGCCAACAACGACGCUUUAUUGACUAGCAGCUUUUUUUUACCGCACAUUUAUAAUCGAACCAUACCUGUAAAAACAGACAUCAAAAAUUAAAAGCAAAAUGUAUAGAAGUAUUGUUGCUCUUUUAAUCAUACCCGCUUCCACGUUGCACCCGUUCGAAUUGGCGGUCCAAGGGCGUUAAGAUGCUCGGCCAUCUCUUCCCAAAAAGCGGUCUGGUCACCCUUGAACAUCCCUCUAGCGAUGUCGGGGACAACUUCCAACUUGUCGACCAUUUUUUGGUACUGCAUUCUGGUUGUGCGGGCGUCUUUGUUAUACCUAAAAGUGUGUGCAGUAUUGUAUUUGUGUUUGUGUUUCAUAAUACAUAUCUUGGCAGUGUGCUUGUGAGUUUGUGUUUCGUUAAUUUUUAUUUUUCCAACACACAACACAAACGUAUGUCAUAAUACAAAUCUUCCGAUUUUGACAACUUGUCUUUACAAUUUAUGUUUAAUAAUCGGGCCUAUAAUGUUUACAUUUGAAGCAAAUUUACUUCGGUGAAAUUCUUGAAAAUUUUACUUGAUCAUUUAUCAAAAAUUGAGUGCAAAGUGUUACUUCAAUGGUUCAUAAACACAUUCCGGGUAAUUAUUUCGAUGUUUUCUUGGUAGAUUCUUGGUUAUAUGCUAAGAAAACAGUGUUUUUUUAUAUUAACAAAUCAACACAACUUGUGUGUUUACUUCUUGAGCGGCUAUUGACAACACUAAACAUAGAGAUUAAAAUUAAGCACAUUUUUUGUAUACAUUUUUAGUUAUAUUAUUUUAAUGAUAUUUCUUUGAGAUAGAGUAGACAUAAGAAAUAUAGAUCUCAUUCAUUUAGUGUAUACAUUUGCUUCAUUUAGUGUAUAGAGUGUAUGGUAAAUUUAGUUCCAGUUAGUGUAUUUGCUUGUUGAUAUACCUAUUUGCAUUAAAAAAACUGUAAGAUUGUAACUUUUUGGAAUAUUACAUCUGAAAGUAUCUGGUAAGUUGAUAAUUUAUUAUGUUAUGUUUCGAAUCAAUCAUAAUAACACACAUUUCUCCUUCGAUUAAGACAUUAAAAUGCCGUAUAGGUCGUGUGCGGCGGUGUUUUGUGGAAACAACAGUAACACUGCAAAGCAAUGGGGCCUCAAUAUUGUUUUCCAUAGUUUUCCUUCCGAACCUGAUGUGUAUUGGAUAUGGAUACAGUUUUGCGACCGUUAUGAAAAUUGGACACCGAACAAAAGUGCCGCAAUUUGUUCUCAACACUUUCGAAGAGAGGAUUAUCAAUUAGGGAACACGCCGCUCUCAAGCAUUCCAAAUAAUAUUCGACGUUUACACUUAAAAGCUAUCCCAACUGUGGUUAAUACAAAUAUUGACCCAGUCAAACAACCAGAAAACACCGAAACAUGCUGCAAUGUAAACGUUUUAGAGCAUGGUUACCAAAACCCACCCAGUAAUAAUGCCUCACACGAAACAUUAAACGAAAACAUAAAUAAUGAAAAGGAUGCAAAAAUAGCAGCUUUAGAAUUAGAGCUCAAGAAAUUACAAAACGUUCAAAAAAUUAAUGAAACAUGAACUGAGCACAACCGAAAUUUAUGAAACAAUCUAGAACGUUUGAACACAGAAAACAAGCUUCUGCAAAAGAAAAUUUCAUGUCUAAAAAAAGGACACGAUAAAAAACAAAAAAUAAAUCUUUUAAAUCAACAACCAAAAUCUCGGCCAAUAAAAAUUUGCUCAAAAAUA